CGGCGUCUUUUACGUCCUCGCCACCAAACCGAGUCGUCUUCCUCUCUCCCUUCUCUCCGAUCUUUCCUUUGGCCGUUCUCGAUUUCGAGGAAGAUGUUGGGAGUCGUGAGGCGGAAGCUCGGAUUCGGACUCUUGUCUGCAACGAGGGUUCUGCCUGCUGGAUCUGUUUUGCCCAAGAAGUACUCGACCGCAGCGAAAGAGAUCACAGUGCGUGAAGCACUUAACACUGCACUUGAUGAGGAGAUGUCAGCAGAUCCCAAAGUUUUCUUGAUGGGUGAAGAGGUUGGAGAGUACCAGGGUGCCUAUAAGAUAUCUAAGGGUCUUCUUGAGAAGUAUGGUCCUGAUAGAGUUCUUGAUACUCCAAUCACAGAGGCUGGAUUCACAGGGAUUGGUGUUGGCGCAGCUUAUUAUGGUCUUCGGCCUGUCGUGGAGUUUAUGACGUUUAACUUCUCUAUGCAGGCAAUUGAUCAUAUCAUCAAUUCUGCUGCAAAAUCCAACUACAUGUCAGCGGGUCAGAUAUCUGUCCCUAUCGUAUUUAGAGGACCAAAUGGUGCUGCAGCUGGAGUUGGUGCUCAACAUUCACAGUGCUAUGCAGCAUGGUAUGCACAUGUUCCUGGUUUGAAAGUGCUAAGUCCAUAUUCAUCUGAAGAUGCUCGUGGCUUGCUAAAGGCUGCUAUUAGAGAUCCCGAUCCAGUUGUUUUUCUUGAAAAUGAACUUCUAUAUGGAGAAUCAUUUCCUGUUUCAGCUGAAGUACUUGAUUCCAGUUUCUGCCUUCCAAUAGGGAAAGCUAAGAUUGAACGAGAAGGGAAGCAUGUAACAGUCACUGCAUUCUCAAAGAUGGUUGGGUAUGCUCUGCAGGCUGCGGAAAUACUUUCAAAGGAAGGAAUCAGUGCCGAGGUCAUAAAUCUCCGUUCAAUUAGACCACUCGACAGAGCUACUAUCAAUGCUUCUGUCAGAAAAACUAACAGACUGGUCACUGUUGAAGAAGGUUUUCCUCAACAUGGCGUAGGUGCUGAAAUAUGCAUGUCUGUUAUGGAGGAAAGCUUCGAGUAUCUUGAUGCACCAGUGGAGAGGAUUGCUGGAGCUGAUGUUCCGAUGCCAUAUGCUGCAAAUCUUGAGAGGAUGGCCGUGCCACAGGUAGACGACAUAGUACGUGCUGCAAAGCGUGCAUGCUAUCGAUCAGUCUCCAUGGCUGCAGCAGCUUAGUUUGGAAGUUUUGCCUUUGAUGUCACCUUUUUGCCUUUUGUCUUUCCAGUUGGGGGAGUUAAAUCAUGAAUGUUGUGUGUCCUUUGGUUAUCUCCUUUAUACAUCUGUCCUGGCAUAAAAUUGAUGCUAUUGGCCUUUUUAUAUUUCAUUUCAGUACUUGAUUGGAAGUCUAAAGCUACUGAAAUUCUUACAUAUAUCUGUAGCGAAACAUUGCUGAGUACUGUUUAAAAUAAUGUUCAAGGCCAGAAUACUCUCAAGUUUUUUUGAUAUGGCCGAAACUUUUCUCAAUAA